UAAAAAAUUUUCUAAUGCAGCGCGUACAUAACACCGAGUUUUUUGUGUAGACUUUUAGUCUUGUGAAAUGUUUUGAGAUGAAGUUAACCUGAACUCAAGUUAAUGUUUACACUGACUUCUCAGCAAACUUACGAAUAUAAAGCCUGCUGCUUGAUGUAGCAUUCACACUCCCACUGUGACGUAAAGACCGUUUAUCCAGCUGGAGCCAAUCACUCUUGAGCUGAACAUAGAUAUGAAAUAGAUGCACAAUCAUAGUGUACUGAAAAAAAAAAGACACGUAACCAAGCGCGUUUGAAGUUGCUUAGAUCACAAUGAAAAAAUAUGUAGGAUUAUUUGAGGAGAUACAAAAAAAAAGAUGACAAGAAAAGACUCCAGAUGUACCCAAAUUUGCCACUCUGACUCUAAAUAACCUAAAAUAAUCUUUUCCGAACAGACAAGACUUCUGAACGUGUAUAAGGGAGCUUCUGGUCAGGAAAGAACCAAAAGGACAACACCCAGUAUAACAUAGAUUGUAAAUUUAGCUUGCUCAUCCACUGUACACACAGUAAAGGGUUAAAGUUCACUUUCUAUCGGAUUCAAACAAGGUUUGUCCAAAACAUAUAGAUUAACGCGAUCUCUCAAACAGUUUUAAUUUGUCACACCAGAUAUUUAUUUGUCUUGAAGAUCGUUCGCAUUUUUUAUUCGUUUUUUUCCCCCUAACUUCAUAAAGCUUUCACACUGGAUUGAGAAAAAAAAAUUAUACAACAGCGUACCGGACACUGGCACCGCCAGCCGAAUUAAGCAAAAGCUAUUACUUUUCAUAACGAAUAUUAGGCUGUAUUGCUUGAAGUGACCUGGAAACGCCCCCGCAGAAAGCUGAAUCCGGUGCAACACUUUGGGAGCCACAGCGCGGGGCUUGCCUGCCUCCGUACCGCUGCCUUUCCCUACCCGCGGAAGUAUUUCCUAUGUGCGUGCGUGUCGGCAAGCAGGAGACACAACUUGUAGCCUUCUCCUCGUUUCCUCCGCACACAGCGGCUUCGCCUUCAGCGUGCAUUGGAGUAAGGGAGAGGGGGGAUACUUCUUUCCCGUUGUCGCUGUCGUCUGUUCUCCCCCUGCGCGCUCGUCUCUCCAAGCCUCCCAACCAGCCUGUCCGCUUGGCUUCCUCCUCAUCCUCCCUCCGCUUUGUACGCAGACCUCCGGGGCUCGCGAUGAGGGUCAGGACGAGCGCGUGAGAGUCACAUCCCACAGGUGUGUUGCCGCCACUGCGAACGGUGCCUCCAGGCUCUGGUCAGAGGCACGCGCGCGCGCAUACCUGGAAAUUACCAUGUGACUCUGCACCUGGGCGUGGAGAAAGUCCUCUUAUUCCAACCGGAGACUCUUUUGUUGAGGAGUUGACCGCGCCGUCUCCAAACAGCAGCGACUGUUCGGUCAAACAGCGUGACCCGGGUUUUGGCUGCUCCAUUUUUCCUCCCUUCCAGCGGAAUAGUGCCUUUUUUCCCCCCCAGACCCACUCACAGGACGCGAGGCAAGAUGUAAAACUUCCUUACGGACAUUUCUCUAAAUAAAAGUCCCCAGAUUUCGUUAGAGGGAUUCUUCGCUUGGCUCUCUGGACUGUUUGGCGUUUGUGGAACUACUCCGCUCGUUCACCUUCAAGAGUGUAAACUGUCUCCUGAAUGCAUGUGACCUAUUCUGGGACUUGGUAGCAUUUUUUGAGAGCCCGAGCCCUUAAUGAAGCCGGGGGUCAGCGGCAGUGUGUGGCUAAUUGGCCAAGUUCGCCCGGGGCUGGGGCUACCUGUGAUUGAAGUGUUCAGUGAGCACAAACUGUGCAGCCGCCACUGCAUCCUACUCUGUUCCACUCCAGCAGCCAAGACGCACCCUGCACCCCUGUCGGCCUCUCUCUAAGAUGGCAAGCUGGGUCUCCCUACUUCUCGUCCUCUUAUGCCGAUCAAUAUCACAAGCCCAGGAGGAGAGCAGCAACGCCCCCCACCCGGUUUUCAACUCUGAGACCACCAUUAAUAAUGUGGUUCAAGACCCCCAGACGGGCCGUAUUUAUCUGGGAGCUAACAACUCCAUCUACCAGCUCGGCCCUUCCCUCAAGCUGCAGGCCCGUGCCGAGACGGGCCCCAAAGAUGACUCGCCUACCUGCACACCGCCAGCGUCAGCCUGCCAGAACACGAAGCCAAUGCCCAAUCUCAACAAGCUUCUGCUAAUCCAUCCAUCUAAUCAGUCACUUAUAGCCUGUGGCAGUCGCUAUCGAGGCAUCUGCUCCCUCCUCAACCUGUCCAACGUGGAGCAGGAGAUUUACUACUGUGACAGUAAAGGAGAGAGGACUUACGUUGCUAACGUAGAGGAUAAUGUCAAUGUGGUGGGAGUCAUGUCUUACUACAAAAAAGAUGACAAAACUUUCAACGUGUUUGUUGUGGGGAAGGACUACAGAAACUCUGACAGUUCAAAACUCAUCAGCACGCGAAUCCUCGAUGAAUACAAGGAAUGGGUCGUGUUUGAGACCAUCAUUGAGGCUUCUACAAUACAGCCGCCAUUUAAUAUAAAGUACUCUCAUGAUUUCAGGCACGCCUUCAAAGAGGACGGUCACAUAUAUUUUCUCUUGUCUCGAACUGAUGGUGUGGAUACCAAAAACUUGACCUUCGUGUCCCGUCUCUGCGAAGACGACCAACAUUACUACUCCUACACAGAGCUUCAGCUGAAAUGUGGAGCAGAAAAUCAAUACAACAAAGUCCAAGCGGCUUUUGUGGCUUCUCCUGGAAAAGAACUGGCGCGGGCCAUGACUGAGUCCACUGUGUACGGGAAGGUAAGCCCGUGGCAUAAAGUCCUCUUCAUGGUGGCAAGUUCGGAUGACCUCGACGGUGAAUCAGCUCUGUGCAUGUAUCCCAUGAACUCCAUCAAUGAGAGGCUGGUGGACAUAAUCAGCGCUUGUUACAGUGACAACGGGAAGAUUUCAGGGGUACCUGCUGUUUACAUCCCCUACUCUUCCAAAGCUGGAGAAUUUUGCACAUCUAACAUUGGGAAAGACUUGUUGGAAACCUUCAAGUGUGGUGCAGACUUUUUGCCAUCCCCUCUGGCGAGCAGGCCAAAAUUUGCCUUAACGGCCAGUGCAAAGUGGACCUCUAAAAGCCUUCUGACCGCUGUGGCUGUUGCCGUGGAGAACGAUCACACCAUUGCUUUCUUGGGCAACAACAAGGGAGAGGUCUUCAAGGUACAUCUCACAGCGGCAGCGGAUGAGUACGGUAAGGUUCCUGGUGACAACCUCGGGGAGAAGGUCAACAAGAACCUCUUCUUUGACCUCCCUCACAGCCACCUCUACAUCACCACAGAGAAAAAGAUCACCAAGGUGCCGGUGCAGACGUGCCUCCAAAAGACAGACUGCAAAUCAUGCGUGGAGCUGAGGGAUCCUUACUGUGGCUGGUGUGUCCUGGAGGGCAGGUGCACCAGGAGGUCCGAGUGCCGCCGGGCAGAGGAGAGGAACGGCUGGCUGUGGAGCCCCGGGCAGCAAUGUCUCAAGAUUUUAUCCUUCUACCCGCCGAACCUUUCCAACAAAAAAACUGACAAGAUCCAGAUCAACAUCCCAUCACUCCCUUCUAUCGGACCCUCUGACCGUCUGAAGUGUAAUGUUGGAUCGUUCCAGAGUGAAGGCAUCAUGCUGGACUCCAGCCAGGUCUCCUGUGAUCUGCCGCAGCCUUCGGACAUCCCCAAAACUCCCGAGAAUCAAGAUUUUGUGGCCGUCUCAGUGAGGAUUUUCGUCAACGAGACCGUGGAGCUGGCUGAGAGGGAGUUCAAGUUCUACAACUGUGCAGCCACUGUGAGGAAAUCAGAAAACACGCCGUGCAUGGCAUGCGUGACAAGUCCGUGGGGCUGCCAGUGGAAUACGCGUCAUCACACAUGUAGUGACAAAGACGACAGCACAGUGGGCCCAGGUAUCAUUGGACACCGUAAGGGAUCGGCGUGUCCUCAGUUUGAGAAUCCAGAUCCAGUUCUGAUCCCAGUGGGCUACGAGACCAGUAUCAGUUUUGAAGGGAUCAAUUUGGGUAACUACGAGGAUCAUGUUUUCACCAUCGGCACCGAACUGAUGAAAAACAUGGAGGAAGUGGUCAGAAAAGAGAGCGGUCGUUUCUACAGCUUUAAGGGCUUCAGUUUCUCCUACGAUAAGUCACCGGAGACCAGCGUCCUGUUUUACAUGAAGGACAAGAGGACUGGGAACAAGAUGGACAGCACUCUAAACGUCACCCUGUACAACUGCUCCGUGGGGAGGGAGGACUGUAGCCUCUGCAAGUACGCCGACUCAAAGUACGACUGUGUGUGGUGCAGCAAGCAGAAGGCGUGUGUGUUCAAUAAGCUCUGUGGUGAUACCCAAAACACAGAGUGCCCCAACCCUGAGAUCACCAACAUCGUCCCUCUUUUUGGGCCCAUGAAAGGAGGCAUCUCCAUUACCGUCCAUGGAUCCAACCUUGGUAUUUACAAGGAGGACAUUAAAAACAUCACAGUAGCCGGGGAGCCCUGCAUACAUCAGGCGGAAAAGUAUUCUGUCUCCACCAGUGUCGUGUGUGAGAUUGGACGUAUAGGCCCUAAUAAAAGCCUCUCGGGUCCAGUGGAGAUAUGGGUGAAUGGGGGAAAGAGAGGAAAGUCCCACAUCAACUUCACCUACAGGGACCCAGUGCCACAAGGUGUGCACCCUGCUAGAGGGCCUAAAGCAGGGGGCACGAACAUUACAAUAACUGGGCAGUUUCUGAAGACCAGCAGCAAGGAGGAUGUCCAGGUUAAAGUUGGAGACGUGAACUGUGCUGUGAAGGAAUUCGGGGAAGCUAUUGUCUGCAAGACAGGUGAAUAUCAACAGGAGAAGUUGCCUCUGGAGAAGCUCCCCGUCACAAUUCACUACGGAAAGUCAACCACCACAUCCGUCCAAGGUGCCUUCCAGUAUGUGGAAAACCCAACAGUGACAAACCAUCAUCCCAGAGAAAGCUUUGUCUGUGGUGGGAGGAACAUUGUGGUCACAGGCUCCGGUUUUGAUAUAAUCCAGACCGCUGUGAUGAGGGUCCAGGGAGACAACUCAUCAUCUGUCGAGGAAGCCCACGAGAAGAACGACACGGUCAUCCAGUUUCGGUCUCCGACGGUGAGCGGCUCUCAGAGCCAGGACUUCAGAACCUACAUCCAGCUGGACAACUGGGUGAUGGAGCUCAAGUCCUUCAAGUACUACGCCAACCCCGUCUUCGAGAACGUGACGAAGAAGGUCAUCACUGAGACCAGCAUCAUCAUCGUCAAGGGUCGAGGGUUCUCCAGGGCAAUGACCGCCAAGGAAGCCCAAGCAUUUGUGGGGGACGUUCAGUGUCAAGUCAACACGCUUCAGGACGACAAGCUGUUCCUGGACCCACCUUCCAGUAAGCCCCAGGCCCGCUCCAGACGGCAGCGCCGAGACACCCGCCCUGAGCUGCUGGACCUGAUGAUCAAGUUUGGAAAGGGAGAGUGGGUAAUCGGCUCGGUGCAGUAUGAAAAGAAGAACGAUUUGUCUCUCUACAUAAUCAUCCCUGCAGUUAUUGUGCCCAUGCUGCUCAUCAUCAUCAUUUCAGUCUACUGCUACAGGAGAAAGAGUCAACAGGCCGAAAGAGAAUAUGAGAAAGUCAAGCAUCAGCUGGAGAACCUGGAGGAGAGCGUUAGAGACCGCUGCAAGAAGGAGUUCACAGACCUGAUGAUUGAAAUGGAAGACCACACGAACGAGUUGAGCGAGGGACGAAUCCCCUUCCUGGACUAUAAGACCUACACCGACAGGGUCUUCUUCCUGCCGUCUAAAGAUGGAGCCAAUGACGUGAUGAUCACAGGGAGGCUGGAUAUCCCGCAGGCCCGGAGGGCGACCGUGUCGCAGGCGCUCAACCAGUUCUCCAACCUUUUGAACUCCAAAACGUUUCUGAUUAAUUUUAUCCGCACCUUAGAGCGCAGUCACGACUUCAACGCCAGGGCCAAGGUGUACUUUGCCUCCUUGCUUACCGUGGCCCUGCAUGGGAAGCUGGAAUACUACACGGAUAUCAUGAGGACAUUGCUGCUGGAGCUGAUGGAGGAGUACGUCAACAGUAAGAACCCCAAGCUGAUGCUGCGCAGAUCAGAGACGGUGGUGGAAAGGAUGCUUUGUAACUGGAUGUCCAUCUGCCUUUACCAGUUUUUGAAGGACACCGCAGGCGAGCCCUUAUACAAACUGUUCCGAGCCAUCAAGCACCAGAUUGAAAAGGGGCCUGUGGACGCCAGAGUUAAGAAAGCCAAGUACACCCUCAACGACACCGGCCUGUUGGGCGACGAUGUCGAGUAUUCUGUCCUGACCCUGCAGGUGCUGGUUCAAGGUGAGGGUCCAGAUGUGACACCCGUCAAGGUGCUGAGCUGUGACACCAUCUCGCAGGUGAAGGAGAAGAUCAUAGAGCAAGUAUACAGGAACCUGCCUUACUCCCAGAGACCCAAGGUUGACAGCGUCACUCUGGAGUGGCGUCCCGGCUCAACAGGACAGAUUUUAUCCGAUCUGGACCUGACCUCCCAGAAAGAAGGCAGAUGGAAGCGCAUCAACACUCUGGCACACUACAACGUACGAGAUAAUGCCACGUUGGUUUUAUCCAGAGUGCUUCACACACAGCAGAACUAUGACCAGAACCAGGAAAACCAUGAAGAACGAAAUGCUCUGUUGGACGACGAUAAAGUUUUCCAUCUGGUGAGGCCGCAGGACGAGCUGGAUGAGAUCAAAUCCAAACGAGGGAGCAUAAAGGACAAGUCGAUGACCAAAGCCAUUACAGAGAUCUACCUGACCCGACUUUUGUCUGUAAAGGGAACACUGCAGCAGUUUGUGGACGACUUUUUCCGCAGCGUGCUGUGCUCCGGGGCAGUGGUCCCACCAGCUGUCAAAUAUUUUUUUGACUUCCUGGAUGAACAAGCGCUAAAACACAACAAUGUUGAUGAGGAGACCAUCCACAUCUGGAAGACUAAUAGCCUGCCACUGAGAUUCUGGGUGAACAUCCUCAAGAAUCCCCACUUCACCUUCGACGUCCACGUGUCUGAAGUGGUGGACGCGUCUCUGUCAGUCAUAGCCCAGACGUUCAUGGAUGCUUGCACCAAGAGCGAGCACAAACUCAGCCGGGACUCUCCAAGUAACAAACUACUCUAUGCAAAGGAGAUCUCCACCUAUAAGAAGAUGGUGGAUGACUACUACAAGGGCAUCAGGCAGAUGGUCCCUGUCAGUGAUCAGGACAUGAACACUCAUUUGGCGGAAGUGUCACGGUCUCACACCGACAAACUGAACACCCAAGUGGCUCUCCAUCAGCUUUACCAGUACGCCAGCAAAUACUACGACGGGAUCAUCGCAUCCCUGGAUGAGGACCCGGCCGCUCAGAGUAAACAGCUGACCCUGCGGCUGCAGCAGAUUGCGGCUGCCCUGGAAAACAAAAUGACUGAUCUCUAACCCACCGAGAGGAGGGACAAAAGUCAAGACAUAGAGGGAGAUCGCCAGUGACUACAGGGGCUUAUUUCUUUUUCUCCUCUUUUUUUCCAGAGCAUAAAGUAUGGAAAUGCAAAAAUCUGAGAGGGGAGGGGGCUCAUUUUGAUGUGUGCUUCCCCGGAGCGUGUAUUUUUUAUUUUUUUUUCUGGUUCUGUGGCGUAAACCAAGAUUAAUUAAUUGCACACAGACAUCAAAAAAGAAAAGUAAAAAGAUUGGGGAAAAAUGAUGGGUUCCGCUGUCAUAGGUACGCCUUAAAUCUCACUUGCCAAACCUUAAAGGUCUGAGCCCUUACUCAUGCUCCACUGAAUACUGCUCCCAGGAUGCAGUAUGAGAAAAGUCUCUGUGAGAAUUAAGCCCCACUGUGGAGCACUGGCACCGCAGAUAAUCAGAUGUUUGAAUUUCUCUCUCUCUGUAUGUGUGGAAAAAAAGGGUUAAAGAGUUGUAUUAUAUAUUUUUUUUAUUGUGCAGUCUUUAUGCAGAAAGCUUUAUAAGAAACAAAAAAAAAAAAUCUUUUUAAUUGGAAUCACUUUGUGGUGCGGAGAGUGUUUUUAUCAGCCUGUGUGCGUAGCUGUGUGAAUGGUAGCGUGCCUGUUGUGAGCGAGCGUGGGGAUUGUGUGGGGAACAUGCGUGCGCACACAGGAUGCCUAGGCGUGAGGGCGAAGCGACGCCUGCGUUCUCUCGUUCUUAAGUCCCCAUCCCGCCGGAGCCUGUGCUCUCGCCGAGCUUUACGACAGCGACCAAAGGGUCCGGACAGGGACGCCGGCUUUGUGUGACUGACUGCUUACCAGAGGUUUCGCAAACAUUUCCUUUUGCUUUUUUAAAAAAAAAAAAAUAUAUAUAUAUAUACACACACACAGAUGUUUUUUUUGUUAUGUUUUAAGCUUGAUUGCCAACUCGUGCUCAUGGAAAUCGAUAACAGCACAGCCUGUCUCCCUUUAUUGUACAGUGCCAUGAAACAUUCCACUUCAACUAAAGCACAGAGGGACAUUUCUGAGUUUUCUUUAAGACAUUUCAGUUGAUUCAUUUCUUUUUCUUCUUCUUUGGUGUAUUACUUUUUUUUCUUUAGCUGUCAGCAAAGAGAAGCAGUUGUAUUAUGCCAUGGAACCAUGCCACUCAUAUUAGCCCUGCAAUAACGUCGGUAUACUACGAGCUACAAUACAGUAGACUCCUGCUUUUUCUUAUUAAAUGUAUUUGCCAUAUCGUAGCAGUUGAGCAAUAUGUUAAAAAACAAUUCAAAAUAGAUUUAUGCAUUUUUAUUGUUUUUUUUUAUUGUUGUGCCAUUUCUCUACAUAGUAAUGUUUCAAAUAAUCAUUAAUAACUCUGCCUCUUUGCUAUAAAAUAGCCUAAUGCUGAUGGUAACGAUCUGUCAGAGACGCAGUUGGUACUGCAGCGGCUUGUUGCGAACAAAUUGUUGUUCUUCUACAUUUUCUUUUUGUUGUUUCUUUAAUGAUGUCAGGGUGCUUGGGUUCAGUCGUGUAUAUAAUUGCUUAUGAUAACUGAAAUCAAUGUCAGAAUGUGGCCUGAGUCGCAACGAGGGUGUGAUAUUUCUUUGUCCAUUAAACACCGUCCCCAAAUUGUAGGUCUGGCCGUCGGCAGAUCUUUUUAAUUGUCCUCCCUUCGUGUCUGACGGGUGGACGUGUUUGGCCGACACGUGGCAACGAGCUCCAGAGACCCCAGAAUGUUAACGAUUCCUGCCUUGGCUAGAGUGACGUUUGCACAGACCUCAAGCCUGCCCGCCUGCCGUCUCAGCAUGGCGCUCCGGCUUCCUGACUAACAGCAUUUGGCACUGCCCACUCAGUGCGAUGCGGAGUGGCACUCUGUGUAAUGAAAUCAGCAGGGGAGGCUUUUGAUCUUAAUUGCAUGCCGACUGCAGACUCUCCAUCCUCGUCUCCGCUGUUGUUUACUGGUGACUCCGUUCUCGCUGACUAGAGUCGAUGCAAGAAGCUUCUUCUUUCAGAGCCUUUCUUUAACCAAAAAUGUGCCUUAUCGGAUAGGAUGACACCUAUAUAUUGUUUCUAAAUUAUUCUGUUGGUAACAUAGGAAUAUGAUGAUAGUACUAUAGACACAGCAAUGUACUUGGACUUGUGAUCUUAUGUGUGGUGUCAAAAAACGCUAGAUGCGCCGCUGCAGCCAUUGGCGUGCCGUUAGGCUGAGGACAUUUCAGUACGAUUUCUUUUUCCUGGCUGCAGCUUUGACGUGUGCAUUUCAUUUGGAUGUCUUUGGUGUGUGCUUACUAGGAUUUUGGUGGCAAAAACAGCAAAAAAAAUAAAAAAGAAGAAAAAAAGUCAAAGACUAAAUGUUGAAGAAUGACCAGUUGGGUUUCCCUUGAAAAUGUCUCACAUUCCAAAAUUAGACAAAAAGGGUAUCCAUGUGUACAAUUGAACAUCGCGCAAAAAUUGUUCCAAUGGUGUUGAUUCUUUUGACCUGUGUUUCUAAGCUAUCCUACAGUGUGUACGACAAAUGACUAUCUAUACUCGACAAUUGACUUUUCUUACUGCUGUGCAGUUAUUUUUAUUUCUCGUUUCCUAUACAUAUGAAUCUUUGUAAAACAAGUUGAAAUACUGUAUUCUAUCUGUAUACCCCUAUGCAUUGGUUCCUAUGACGAAAACAACAAAAGAGCGAAAAAAAUUGUGCUGUUGUCGAGACCCGUUUGUUUUUUUUGUUGUCUUUUUUUUUUGUCCCUCACUCCCCAUUUUGAAACUUGUGAAUGUGCUGUAUUGACAAAAGAAACUGGGACACUCCACUUUUGGUACAGGACCAGUAAUGGAAGCCAAUGGGUUUUUUUUUCCUCCCCGUACGAGGCAGCUUUGAAUAUUCUCGAUCUUGUACCUGAUCCGGUCGUGCUGGAUGAACAUAAUUUUAAAAAGUCGUAUGUGUGGACGGAGCGGUUACCCACAUGUUUCAUCAUGUACUCCUCCGUGAAUAAACUCAGAGACAUAUAUACCCUUCA